AUGUUUACAAGUAGUGCUUCUUCGUCAAAUACCCGAACAUUUGAUCCAACAGCUUUACCACCUCGAUGGCUUGAUUGUCCAAGAAAAUCAACUAUUAUCGCUGAUAAAUUUAUUGCAUUCAAAACUCCAUUAGAUGAUCAAUUUAAAGAAAAAAUUGGUGCUGGUCAACGAUGGACAUGUUCCAUGUUAGUUGAUUCUGUUAAACGUGAGCAAAAAAAUAUCGGUAUUAUCAUUGAUUUAACAAAUACAGAUCGAUUUUAUAAAAGUGAUGUUGAAUUCAAGGAUAAAAAUAUACGUUAUGAAAAAAUUCGAUGUCGAGGACAUGGUGAAACACCAAGUGAUGAGCAAAUCAAUCGUUUUAUUAAAAUUUGUAAUGAUUUUUUAAGUACGAAUCCAAAUGAUAUUAUUGGUAUUCAUUGUACACAUGGAUUUAAUCGAACCGGAUUUUUAAUAUGUGCAUAUCUUUGUCUUGAACAUGAUAUAAGGUAUAGUAGCAAACAAAAUUUUAAAGCAGUUGAAUCUUCGAAUUUUCUCCUCGAUGCUAUUACGAUCGAGGAGGAUAUUCGAAAUAAAUUCAUUUCAAUCUUUAUGCUAUUUUCAAGUAUUGAUGCUACAAUUGAUAUGUUUUCAAAAGCUCGACCACCUGGAAUAUAUAAACAAGAUUAUCUCAAUGAACUAUUGAAAAAAUAUGGUGAUGCAAGUUCUACUACAAUUCCUGCACCUGCACGACCUGAAUGGUGUCUCACUAACAGUGAUGAUGAAGAUGAACCUAAUGAACGACCUGUUGGAACUGGUGGUAUUAAACGUCCACGUAAUAAUAUUUUUGAACAGUCAAAUAAACGAUUUCGAGAAGAACCACGAGCAAAUUCUAAUCCACAAUUUGCUGUUAGUUUACCUGGCGUCAUACCUAUUUGUUUACAAUCUGCUAUGGCAACUAUUCAACUAAAAUGUCAACGAUUGUGUGAAUGGAAUCGACGAGGUUUUCCAGGCUCACAACCUGUAUCCAUGGAUAUAACAAAUUAUAUGACAAUAGUUCAAUCUCCGUAUAUGGUUAGUUGGAAAGCUGAUGGAACAAGAUAUAUGAUGUUAAUUGAAGAUGAAAAUAAAAUAUAUAUGUUUGAUCGUGAUAAUAACGUUUUUGAAAUUAGUCAUCUUCGUUUUCCAAAAGAUCCAGAAUGUACAAGUCAUUUAACAAAUACACUUAUUGAUGGUGAACUUGUCAUUGAUAAUGUGAAUGGAAUGAAAGUACCAAGAUAUUUAAUUUACGAUGUUGUAGUCUAUGAAAAUGAAAAUGUAGGGAAAAAACCAUUUAGAGAACGUCUUGAUAUCAUACGUCGUUUAAUUGUUGAUGUGCGAAAUAAAGCUAUUACAAAAGGUCUUAUUGAUCGAAGUUUAGAUCCAUUUUCAAUACGAAAUAAAGACUUUUGGGAUUUAUCGACUGUACAUAAAUUAGUGGGUGCUAAGUUUCAAGCACAAAUAGCUCAUGAAGUUGAUGGUCUUAUUUUUCAACCUGAACUUGAUCCUUAUAUACCCGGUCGAUCACCUCGUGUACUUAAAUGGAAAGAGGAUAAUACAAUUGAUUUUCGUUUAAAAAUUUGUGUUGAUAGAUCUAAAUUAGGACAAUUACCGGAGAAAAAAGCUUUCUUAUAUGUAAAUGGUAUGCAAUCUCCAUUUGCAACAAUGCCUUACUCAUCUGAUUUACGUCAAUAUGAUAAUCAAAUUAUUGAAUGUUCGUAUCGUGAUGGUCAAUGGCAUUUUCAUCGACAACGAACGGAUAAAUCUUUUCCUAAUGCGAAAGGCAUGUUUAACUAG